UGCUGAAGGGAGGACCGGUGCGACUGCAGUGGACGGCUGGGGCGGACAGGGCGUUUGGUCACCUGAAGGCUCUGUUUACCGCAGCUCCCGUGCUGGCGCAUCCUGAUCCUUCCUUAGCAUUCAUAGUUGAGGUGGACGCGUCCGAGGCGGGGAUAGGGGCUGUGCUGUCUCAGCGCUCGGGUACGCCACUAAAACUCCGCCCCUGUGCAUUCUUUUCGAAGAAGCUCAGCCCGGCGGAGCGAAACUAUGAUGUGGGGGACCGGGAGUUGCUGGCUGUUGUCAUGGCUCUGAAAGCGUGGAGACAUUGGCUUGAGGGGGCAAGACACCCUUUUCUCAUUUGGACUGACCACCGCAAUCUGGAAUACAUCCGGGCGGCGAGGAGAAUGAACCCUCGCCAGGCAAGGCCGGUGGUGGCUGGUCCGCUCCAGCAGUCUGAGGUGCGGGAGGUCCCUCCGCCCCCUCUUGACAUCGAGGGGGUCCCGGCGUAUACCGUAAGGGCCAUCAUGGAUUCUAGACGUCGGGCGAGGGGCCUUCAGUACCUCGUGGAGUGGGAGGGGUACGGUCCGGAGGAGAGAAGCUGGGUACCGGUGGAGGACAUUCUAGAUCCAUCCAUGCUACAAGAGUUUCACCGUCUCCACCCGGAUCGCCCUGCGCCUCGCCCUCCGGGUCGUCCCCGAGGCCGGUGUCGUCGCGCUGCUGGAGCCGCGCGUCAGGGGAGGGGUACUGUCACGACUUCCGCCGAGGUCGGCCCUUCUCCUUGUUCGGGUGGUGUUCGGCGGUCGACGUCGCCGGCCUUCUAGUCACCAUCGAUCUAUUUUUCAGUUUCGUUUUGUUUUGUCUGUAUUGUACACACCUGGUAUCAAUUCCUUCCAUCAUGUUCCCUAUUUAACCACUCUGUCUUUCAUUGAUGUUUGUCCGUGAUUGUUUGUACGUUAGGUGUUGAUGUCGAUACGUGUUCGUAUUUGUUUCUUUCCAUUGUAUGGAAUUGUGCACAUAUUUUGAGUAAAGACUCUGUGGUUUUCGCUCAGACCUGCUUCCUGCGUUUGACUCCAAACAUUCUCCUCACACAACCCUGACAAGAG